AUGUCUCAACAACGUGCUCCAGACACGUCCGAAGAUGCUCCACUUCUGGAAAACCAGUCAUCAUCAACACGCCAAAGAUUCGAAGCCAGCUCGAAACGCGCUUAUUGGAUUGUGCUAGCCGUGGUGCUGGCCAUAUUGGGAUUUCUUGCGUUGUGGAUUGUCGCGCCUGGUCGUGAUCAAGAUAAUGAGAUGCCAUGUUUGACUGCGGAAUGUGUUGUUGCAUCAGCACGGAUUAUUAAAGCUAUGGAUGCUACUGUUGAUCCUUGUGACGACUUUUACGAGUACUCUUGCGCAGGCUGGAUCCAAUCUCAUCCACUCCCACCAUCGAAAUCACGCAUUGGGACAUUCGAUGACCUCCAAGACGAAAACCAACUAGUCCUCAAAACCGUCCUUGAAUCAAAAUACAUUCAAGACCCAAACCUUACCGACCCAGAACAACAAAAAGCCGAUAAAACCAUAUUCACAAACAUCCAAAACCUGUACAAGUCGUGUAUGAACGAAACCACAAUUGAUGCUCGAGGUGCAGCACCGCUCCAAGCCUUAAUCAAACAGGCAUCGCAGUACUUCCCGCUUGCUGAUACAAAAGGCAAAAUAUCAAGUGCCAAUUUCACGAAAGCUGUUGCGCUUUGGCAUGACUAUGGGUUAGGACCAUUUUUUGAUUUGUAUGUUGGGCCAGAUGCAAAGGAGCCUGAAGUCAAUGUUAUUACGAUGACGCAGAGUGGACUUGGACUGCCUUCUAAAGACUACUAUAAGGAUGAUAAGGUUCUUGCCGUGUAUCAGUCUGGUAUCGAUGAGAUUGCGUCGCUCUUGUCGUUGAGUGAAUUGGUGGCUUGGAAUGUUAGUGGGUUUGGAGCUGGUGUUGUGGCAUUUGAGAAAGCAGUCGCUAAAGUUUCUUGGGAUCCCGUCGACUUGCAAACACCCGGCCUCACAUACAACCCAUACAACAUCAGCCAACUCGCCACACUCUCUUCCUCAAUUGUAUGGGACACGUACUUUGGCACACGAUUCCCAAAAGCGAAAUUCCCAGACGUCAACAAACCAAACACUGUCGUAAUCGUUGAACCACCAUCAUAUUACUCGAAUCUCACAGCCGUAAUUCAAAGCACCAAACCCGUCGCACUACAGAAUUACAUGCUGUGGCAUUUGAUUAAAAGAUAUGCCAAAGUAUCGUCGGCUACUAUACGAGCACCGAUUCGAAAGAUUGAGGCUCAAUUGACUGGUAGUUUGGUUGAACCACCUCGAUAUGAGACUUGUUUGAGGACGGUGGAUGGGAUUGUUGGGAUGCCUGUUGGCAAGUAUUUUGUUCAGAAGGCUUUUGGAGCGGAAUCAAAACUAGCAGUAGAGCGAGGAAUCGAUAACGUAAAACAGUCAAUGAUUGACCGAUUACAGAGCUUGCCAUGGAUUGACGCCGAAACACGUAAAGAAGCUAUCGAAAAAGUCAAGACGCUACGCCGCAAGAUAGGAUAUCCAGACUAUAUCCUGAAUCCAACCGACGUGGCAGCCAAAUAUAACGGGUUGAUUGACUUUCAGGCUGCCAAGUACUUUGAAAACUUUUUCAAGAGUACGGAAUGGGAGACUCAAGACAAUCUCGCUAAUAUCUUGAAGCCUGUUGAUUUCGAUGAGUUUGACAUGUCGCCUGCGACGGUGAAUGCAUAUUAUAAUCCUCCACUUAACGAAAUAGUAUUCCCAGCUGGAAUCCUUCAAGGUGGUUUCUACGGUCACGGCGUCCCUGUAUAUCUGAAUUAUGGAGGCAUCGGUUCUGUUAUUAGGCUGCGAGACUGGUGGACGAAUGCUACUGCUGUUGAGUUUGAAAAGCUGGCUACUUGUUUCGUUGACCAAUAUGGGAAUUAUACAGUCUUGGAUCCUUCUGGAGUGCCUCAGCAUCUUAAUGGAGAGUUGACUCUUGGCGAAAAUCUAGCUGAUAACGGCAUCAUGAGAUCUUACGAGUCGUAUCAAAUGGAAUUAGCCAAGGAUCCAAACACAAACAACUUGCUAAUGCCUGGUCUGACUCAACUAUCUCGCGACCAGCUCUUUUACAUCUCGUUUGCGCAAGUUUGGUGUGGAACUGUGACUCCACAGCAAAGUAUUGUGAGAUUGAGGACGGAUCCGCAUUCGCCUGGCCGAUUCCGUGUAAAUGGAGUCGUAUCAGACUCUCCACACUUUGCCAAGACUUUCUCAUGUCCAGCCGGUUCGAAUAUGAACCCGGUGGACAAGUGUUUGCUCUGGUGA